UUUUUUUCUGAAUCAUUUUGUGUAUACACAAAUAUAGUUGGUAUGUAGUCAGGAUGUGCAGGAUCUUUUACUGGUUUCCCUAAUAAAGAAAAACAAAUACUGUACCUAGCUAGCUAGCUAAACAAUGCCAGCCUAAAAGAGUUACUAAUCUCUUAUAAUAUAGCACAGAGCAUGGUCUAUUUUACAAUGAAGAGAGCUUUCUUAUUAAUAAAAUUUUAUAAAUAACACUUACCAGUUGUAAAAUGUUUCCCACAGAGAUAAACAUUUUUUCCAGUUGGGUUCCAGUCAGCAGUACCAUCUUUGUUUUUCCUUUUACAUGCACUUAUCCACAUUUUUCUUCGUUCUGGGUUGUUAUUCGGAAAUCCAUUAAAUUAUGGUUUGAACAACCAAAAGCAGCACAACUAUUUGGCAUUUUAAAAACUUCUAUGUGUUCACUCCAGCUUCGCUAGGUUAAAAUGACUGCUCCAGGAGAGUUUGUUUUCACUGCAGUAAAUCGCGCAUGCGCAGAAAAUUACCGUCAGUGAUUAACCCGGAUCCGAGCAGCACAACUAUUUGGCAUUUUAAAAACUUCUAUGUGUUCACUCCAGCUUCGCUAGGUUAAAAUGACUGCUCCAGGAGAGUUUGUUUUCACUGCAGUAAAUCGCGCAUGCGCAGAAAAAUACCGUCAGUGAUUAACCCGGAUCCGAGAAUUCUGAUUGUCGAACAGCAAUCUGAUUAAGAAGUUGUUGCUCUUCUGUUUGUAAACUUUCCCUUAGGAAUAGCUCUUCCUGUUCUAAGACAGCCAGCUGAUUUCGAAGAGCAGCUAGCUGAGACGGUGAAGAAGAUUUGUUUGGGUUGUUUAGGUGAGACUGCAGAGGCGAAGAUCUUUGGAUUGAAGACAUUGGGUUAUUAGCGAUAGUUGAGGAAAGUGUUGAAGCAGCUGAUGUGACAGUGUUGGUAGCGCUAGAACGACGACCUGGACAGUGACGACUGGGAAUACCAAAGUCGUGUAGAGCCAGAAGUGCCUUGCAGCCAGAACAUUUUGGGAUACGUUUCUUUUUGAGUGUGGACGAUUCCUCAAGAGCGACAGACAUUGCAGCAGAUUGGAAGGUUUGAGAAGUUGAAUCUUCAUCUUCUGAGCCAUCUGGCGUUUGAGUAGGUGAGAUAAAAUAUAACAGCAUCCAUAUAGGUGAUAAAUUCAUGUUUAAUUAGCCAAAGAUUGGUUUGAUUGCAAAUUGAUUGAUUAGAUAUAAGUGGAUUAAUAAGCAGCAGACAUAAGAAAAACUGCUAGAACUGAAAAGGAAAACCAUGAGGCAACUGCAGCUUAAAUACUAGCAAGACUGCUGACCAAAAUAUAUGCUGCUGACCAGAAAAGGCACAUAGAUAUGCCUUCAUUGAAUUUUCCAUGGUUGAAUCUGUACCUACUGCUCUGCAGUAUAAUGGAGUUUUAUUUGGAAAUCGUUCUCUUAAAGUAACUCAUGCGAAGAGCCCCGUUGUGAAGCCCGAGAGUGAACGGAUUGCAACAGGUAGAUCUACAAUAAGAACUAUGCGUGAUGUUGUAAAACGCCCCACUUUCGACCGUGAAACAAGAUCAAGUUUAUUUGAUGUUAAGUCGAUUCCAAACGACUUUACUGGUAAUUAUAGAUCGCCUACAAGAAGACGCAGUCGAUCCCGAACCCGACGAUCCAGAUCUCGGUCCCGUUCUAGACGUCGCAAGUCAAGGUCUAGAUCUCCAAAGCGUAGAAGGUCCCGUACUAGAUCUCCAGUGCGGCGAAGAAGAAGCUAUUCAAGUGCAGCUUUGGACAAAACAAUAACAAGAUCUCCAAGACGCAGUAGUAGACGAAGUCGCAGUCCAUCUCGUUCAAGUGCGGCUUUGGACAAAACAAAGGCUGGAUCUCCCAGACGAAGCAGUAGACAAAGUCGAAGUAGAUCUCGCUCAAGGUCUCUAAAACGUCGAAAAUCAAGAUCUCGUUCCAGAGAUCGACGCAAAAAACGAAAGUCUGUUUCCAAAUCUUCAUCGCGGUCUCCUAGAAGACAAUCCAGAAAAAAAUCAAAAUCAAGAUCUCGUUCUCCUGCAAGAAGAAAAUCCCGGAAAUCAACUUCCAAGUCUCCUGAUAGAUCAUCCUCCAAGUAUGUAUAUGAUCACUGACUUGUUGUUAUUUGUCACUUGAUACAAGUUGUCGUCAGAAUUUGUUUAAAUUACGAUUUCUUCAUUAUCUAAUAAAGAAAUACUGUAUGUUGGCAAUAUCACAGAUACUAAUGUGUCUCAUUUUUCCCAAAUAGACUAGAAAUGUAAUUUGCGAAAUUCCUAUCUUGAAAAUAUGAUAGUUCUUGCGUGCUUGUGUAUUGGAUUCCUUGUUACCUUGGUUGUUUCUUUAUCUAUUUUUGGUUUUGUGAAUUCUGAAAUGGCUAAGUUAUACAAAUUGUAUAAUUAAGAUCUUCCUCUUCUUGUUUUUUUUGGACUUUUACAAUUGGACAAAAAAAUUUAAAUUUGUCAAACUUCAUUACCUAAAUGUAGAUAAAUGUUGAUUCUACAUGGUUGCUUUAAUGAUUUCAAGAGAAUAAAGUAACAUAAAUAAGUUAGAUAGCAAUUCUGCAGCAUCAGCUUCAAAGUAUUGUGGAUCCGCCUGUUCAACCUUAUUAAAUAUUAUUCGUAUUUUUUAAUUAAAUUAAUAAAAAUGUUUUGCCAGGACUGAUUUCUGCUCUAAAGAGGAUAAAAACAUGGCAAAAAGUGCGCACCUGACUGGAAAUAAAGUUGAACAAAGCAAAAACAGACUGAAACGUUAAAGAAUUGUUGUAUUUCCUCAAUUUAAAGUUGAGUUUACUGCCGUUUGCUACGAGAUGUUUGGAAGCAGAUUCGAUUAAAAAAGAACAAAUGUUUGUUAAAAUAAUCAACUCAAAGUUUUUAUUUAAGAUUUUUUUUUUAUAAUCCAAAUCCUGUAGCCAAUGUUGUUUUCGUGGCUGUCAAAAUUAGAUGGCUACUUAUUUGGAUCUAGAUACUAAAAAUAUAAUUUUAACAAUAGAUAUCUAAAUUAUUUUGUAGUUGACACUCAAGUUAACAAUUAAAAUAUUGACGUUUUCCUUAAUCUGACUUUUACAGCGGACAGUUAUAGCUAGCUAGCUAUUUACAGAGAUAUGCAAAAAAAUCACAAGUAAAAAGUUACCCUAAAAUAAAUUGUCACGCUACCUAUCCAAACUGAGUAUUGUUUGUAGUAGCCAUCUGCUAUUGAAUUUUUUAGAAUUUAUUACUUUAAGAGGAUUUGGUGUGGAUUUAUUAGGUGAAAUGGAAAAUGAUGUAACAAUCUUUUUAUAAUAUGCUAUGAAUAUUCUCACUUACUAUUCACUUAUAUUAUAGUUAUAUAUCAUUAUAAAACGUAUUUUUUCUAUUUUUAUGUUUUUAUUCCAUACAUUUGCAACAUUUGAUACCUAUAUUCUGCAAAAAUAUUAAACUCAAAAUUAUUUGUGCAUCAUUUUUUUUGAAUAAUGGAAAUAUAAUGGUAACAAACAUGUGUCAGAUAUAAUAAAAAAGUAGCUAGGAAAAGUUGUUUGCAAGCUGGUCACUUAGUUUUCCUCAAUACCAACUUAAAAGAAUGCAUCAGGGUGAAUAAUUUUUUUUUUAUGUUAUAAGCUAAAGUUACUCAUUCACAAACAAAAAGCACUGGUAUUUCGUAGCACGUUUUCAAAAGCAUUGAUGAGUGCUUACGUUUCGGUGUGUUUAAAAGUAGAAGUAUUUGAUGCUGCUUUUACAAUGCCGGAUCAGAUGUUUAAAAUUAUUGUUUAGUUUGUGCAUGCAGUAUUUUUUACCAUUGAUAAUCCUCUCAACCUAUAUAACUUGAUUCAUUUUUUUAA